CAAAUGGCGUCUCUAUCUGUCGGGCUCGAUGUUUGCGGGGACUUUUGAUCCCAACUAAAAAUACAUGUUUGACAGUUGAACACACGUGUAACUAGAAUUCCAGAAUCAUGGCUUUAGCAGGGAACGUAAGGAAUUCACUUCACAAAUUUAUCGAUAUUGGUGUUAAUUUGACAGACCCGAUGUUCAGAGGUGUUUAUCACAAAUCUAGGAAACACCAAGAUGAUCUAGAUGAUGUAAUAGCACGAGCCAAAGAUGCUGGCAUGAUGAAGAUGAUGAUAACUGGAGGCUGUCUCAGUGAUUGCAGAGAGGCUCUAGAACUUUGUAAAACAAAUGAUAUGUUUUAUUGUACGGUGGGGUGUCAUCCAACUCGUUGUAAGGAGUUUACUGAAGGUGACCCGGAGGAAUAUCAACAGAAGCUGCUAGAUCUGGUGGUCAGUAACACAGACAAAGUAGUGGCCAUCGGAGAGUGUGGACUAGAUUAUGAUCGUCUCCACUUUUGUCCGAAAGAAAUUCAGUUAAAAUAUUUUGAAAAACAAAUCGACCUUGCAGAAACAACAAGGCUACCAAUGUUUCUUCACAGUCGCAACUGUCACCAGGAUUUUAUCGAUAUCAUCAAACGCAACAGAGACAGAAUAAAAGGGGGAGUGGUUCAUUCCUUCACAGGAACACCAGAUGAGGUGAAGGAAAUCUUGGAGCAAGAUCUGUAUAUAGGAAUAAAUGGAUGUUCCUUAAAAACUCAGGAGAAUAUAGAUGUAAUGUGUUCAAUACCGGCAGAGAGAUUAAUGAUUGAGACAGAUGCUCCAUGGUGUGAAAUUCGUCCCACACAUGCAGGUUUUAAACACAUCAAAACACAGUUCCCCACGAGGAAAAAGGAAAAGUGGGAGAAAAAUUUCUGUGUUAAAAGUAGAAAUGAACCCGCACUGAUCGUCCAAGUCCUGGAGGUAAUGAGUGCAGCACGGCAGACAGAAAUUGGUGAAUUGGCGGAACAGCUGUAUGACAACACCUGUCAAAUGUUUUUUCCUCAAUAAAGAUUUUUAGCUAUA